AUGGGCAACUACACCAGUGUGAGGCUGCUGCUUUCCCAGGGCGCAACCGUUGAUAUUCAACGGGCUGGCGGAAUCACUCCACUUCAUGACGCCAUCACGCAGCAAAAGGUCGACAUAGUGCAGUGCCUCCUGGAGGAAGGGGCGGAUCCUACACUGCGAGACAACGAGCAGAACUUGGCUUUCCACCUGGCUGCGCAGUUCGACUCUGCGGAGAUCUUGGAUCUCUUGUGGGCAGCGACGGCUGACCCUGAGACACAGAUAGUGGAGGUGAACGCAUUGAACAACGCGCCGCUGCAUACCGCUAGUGCGAAUAACUGCCCCAAGGUAGUGAGGUGGCUGCUGGAUAAAGGGGCCAAGGUUGAUCAGGUGGGCGACAAUCAACGCACGCCAUUGCACAUGGCAAGCAUGGAAGGAAACAACAGCAUCGUCUGGAUCUUACUGAAGAACGGAGCACAGAUAGACCCGCUAGACUCUGACUCUCGGACUCCUCUACUGCUUGCAUGUGGGAAUCUGCAGGGUGAAGUGAUGAAGACUCUGUUCUACCACUACGCCUCGACUACAACAGUCGACUCUAGUGGACGAGGCUGCCUACAUCAUGUGGUUCAGGGCCACGACCCGUUUGGUGAAGGGUCUAGAACAUUCCCGGAGUACCUUGAGUACCUUGAGGGGAGGGGUGCUGUUGUUGACCAAGAAGACCAUCGUGGAUCUACCCCGUUGAUGGAUGCAUGCCAGUACCAGAACCCGGACUUGAUCCGGACCCUUCUCGACCUCGGCGCUGAUAUCAACCGCAAAGGCCAUAUGGGCCGGACGCCUAUCUUUUACGCAUGCGAAAAGCCGGACAACGGGAGCCUCGAUCUUCUUCUGAGACGCGGUGCUGACGUUACUGUAACCAUGACUGGGGGAUCUACCCCACUCCACGUAGUGUGUAGCUGGGGGGUCAUUAGCAACGUCCGGCUUUUGCUGGAGUGCAACGCCCCCGUCACUGCUCUUGAUGGUGAUGGCAACACGCCCCUUUGCAAAGCAGCAGAUAGCAAGUCCGUUGACAUCAUGCUCGAGCUUGUCAAGACUCGCGAGUACUUUCCAAACAAUCCGGCUGCGGAUCCGGCGUUCAUUGAGCCCCCAAAGUCAGCUGCAAAAAUUGUCGGAGUCUUUCUCAAGAGAUUUGACGUGGAAGACCUUGACUAUUCGGACCGUGAUCUGGAGUCUCUACUGCACUGGGCUGUAUCGCACGGCCGCUUCGAGCUAAUCCAAAAGUGUCUUAGAUACAGACCUAGAGCAUUGUUCUGGAGAACUGGGGGAGAAGCCACAUGGCUCCAUGUAGCAGCUCAAUACGGACACAGCGGCAUUAUCAAUAACCUUUUCACUAAGAUUGAUGCCGCCAAAGAAGCCAGUGGGGGAAUUACUGCGUUGAACGUUGCAGCUGCACAUGGCCACCGCGACACAGUUCGGGCAUUGCUGGAGAUUAUAGCGAGAGGCUCUCCCAAUGCAGACGAAGCCAGUUGCGCAAAGGCUAGAGCAAUCAUUCACUGGAAUGGUCGAAGAGAAUCGCCUCUUACGCUAUCCAUCAGUCGAAACCACAAGCGCUUAGAGGAGCUUUUUUUUUCCGAGCUGAAGGCCCUAGGAGAUGUGAGCGGCAAUAUCCUCGACUCAAUCAAAGAAAGCGAGCUCCUCGAAAUACUCGCCGAGUGGGAAAAGCCGGGGCGCGAGACUGUGCUGAAGCAUUUGCUCCAGCACUGGCUACCUGCCCCGUCAAAUACAGAUGUCAGAUACUGGUCGGCUCUUCACUGGGCCGUUCACGGAUCCGCGGCCGUGGUGGUCUGGUGGCUUCUGUCAAAGGGGGGAUACAGAUCGGACGAUGCGAUCAGAGACUGCCAAAAGGAUCCUCUAGUGAAAGCAGACGCAAUCGGGCAGAUCAUUCAGAAUCUCCUACGGAAUCCACCGCCGCAGAUGUACGAGAUUGCGAAUCCGGUUGAUGACGAGCGGCCCUUUCCGCCGAGACCGAUGGGCUGGGAGGAUCAGCGACAUGAUCUCCAUGGGUUCGUCAUGAAUGUUUACUCUCGGAAUGGAAACACCGUCGUGCCAUAUACGAGAGAUACUCUCCACGGCAUCAUUUACAGCCAAGGGCCGACUGCUCUCUCAAGGCACGUGGAAAUGCUCGAACAGAAAGACUUGAAUAUCUUGAAGAAGAAGCUGGGAAAUGUUUUGAGCGAAGACCACAGCCUUCCUAAUAUCUGGAAUCGAUCUCGAACUCCAUCUGGCGGAGUCAGGAGCACUAUCACCCCUCGCCUGCUGCGGCAUGACUAUAGUGACUCCUCGGAGGACCUGAAGCUUCGUUGGAUUCAUCUGCCUGUGAAUGAAUUGCAGUUAACCAAGGACCUCGUAACGAGACUGUCGCACGACUCCGGCCGAUCGGAGAUGGACCAUAGGAACUUUAUGAAGUUCUUCAACAGAAGCUGGACCGAGCUCGCGGCAGGCGCAAGGCAACAUUAUAUGAAGCCGCUGUGUCUGCGCGCGGAAAUAAAUGAGCGCGGUAAAUACAGAACUUGCACCGCUGUCUACAUGCCGUAUCUGACACUGGGUGAAUACGACCCAAAGGAUCCCGAGAAGCGAACUCUUUCCGGACUAAAGGAAAGUGGAGUUGAUAACUUGAUCAGCAGAAGAGAUUCCAGACACAUCGCUCAUGUCCCUCUGACUCUCGACCAAUACUACUACCCUGGGAUCUCUGACACCAGCUACCGAGACGACCACCAGGUCUUCUCACAGUACCUUGAGAAGCACCAUGAGAAACUAGUGUCAACGAGCAGGUCAAAGAAGAAACAGAUAUUGAUAGUCGACCAGCUGUGGAUUUGGAUCAUAGAUGAUCAGUCAGUCAUUACAAGCACGUCCCAAAGACACGAGGAGUCGUCGACUGUGUCGUCACAAGAUGCGAGGGAUUCAUCGAUGAGCACUCUGCUGCAGCACGUCCUCAAUGACAUCACGUACGGCGAGAGCAGAGGCCGCUCAGAGCGGCCUACGUCGGUGAAUGCAGUCAUGCAGUUGGUUCUCGGGGCGGCUACUGGAUUCUUUAUAGAAAAGUGUGUACAACUUGCAGACGGCACUUUCAAAGGACCUUUGGAGGUUUUCCGCGAGUCGAUUCGUGAUGUGGCCAACAGAGAAACCGAGCUCUUCCAGAACUUCUUGAAGGAUCUCAAGCAGGAGAUUGAGAAACGCAAGGCGCGCAACGAGCGCAUUUCCUCGAGGAGCGGUCGCCCGUCGAUCAGAGAACUGCCCAACAACCCGCAUUAUAUCAUCUCGGAGGAGACAGAACUCCUCGACCAGAUUCGCGAUAUCAACGAUGAACUCCACAUGCUGCGGUCAUUGGCGGAGGAUCAGGAGAUCGUGUGGAACCAAGCAUUCCUUGGCAUGGAGACGCAAGGCCGUUUCAGUUGCACUCCUACUGAGAUUGCUCGAGAUCUGGAUGGAAUAAUCCUGGAAGCAGAGAUGACUCGUGACUCGAUCGAUACGCUGCUCGACUUGCGCCAGAAACAAGCGAGCCUUGCGGAGACCGAGGCCGGUCGACUACAAGCGAACGACACAGCGCGCCAGUCGAACAACAUCUAUGUCUUUACUCUAGUGACCAUCUUCUUCCUUCCUCUUUCCUGGCUGACUUCCCUGUUUGCACUGAACAUUACCAGCUUUCCACACAACGACGGGACGAUCGAGUACCAGCCUCAUUGGCUGUUUCCUAUCCUCUUCGGUGUGACGACCGUGUUUUUCAGUAUAGCCAUUUUCGCCCCGUUGAGGGUUGAGGCGUUCCAGGACUGGAUGUACAAUCGCCACGGGGGUGGAAGUGCUGAUGGGGGCAAGCCACCCAGUCUACGGCCACCAUCAUGGUCCAGCGCGACGAACAUUACAACGAGAGGGGGCACCAACCGACAAGAAAAGGGGUCAGGCUUCGGCUGCAGAGAUACUGGCGGAGACAAGCGCAGAGGUCUAGCUCAACAGUAUAGCGUCUUCCAGCUCGGACAGUAA